AUGCAAACAAUGAAUACAGAUCAGCAACAAUAUUAUCCUAAUUCAACAGGACAUCAACAACAAGCUGCUUAUUAUAUGCAAAAUAAUGCCAUGGAACAGCGUAAAAUGAAAAAUCUCUUAAAAAAAGGUCUGUUUUUAAUUUUUUCAAUUUUUGUUUUAGAAUAUGCAGCAUCACAAUUAAGAAAUCCACAAGCAUAUGCACCACGAAUGAAUCCUCAAUAUAUUAAUCAACAAAUUUCAAAUGGUUAUUCUCAACCAUUUUUUGUUCCACAACAAUUUCCACAACCUUCCUAUAUACCUACACAUAAUCAACGACCUAUGACUCCUUCACCAAUGCCAAUUAUUCGACCACCGAAUGAAAAUAUAAAUAGUUAUCCAUCUUUUAUCUCACAAAAUGGAUAUCCUCAACAAUAUGCACCAGCAAAUAAUAGUCUUCCAACGACACAACCUGUUUAUCAACAAUUUUAUCAAACUUAUCAAAUGCCACAAAAUUAUGUACCACCACAAGUACCAGCACAAAUGCCUAAUCAAGGACAAAUAUCACAACCAUCACCAUAUUCAAUACCUGGUUUACCACAACAACCACAAAUUCUACCAACUCAACAUACACAAAUUGAACAACCAACUGUAUCAGUAUCUCAGCCUACAAUAGCACAAAGUAUGCAGCAACAGAAUCCAUAUGUAGCAACAGUAUCAUCAGGAGUUACAGAAAAACGAAAAAAAACUCCAUUACUUAUUGUUGAUCCGGUAUCGCAUAAACCUGUAGAAGUUUCAGGACAGUCAACACAUACAACAACUCCAGCUACAACGACAACACCAUCAGUAUCAUCUACAAUAAUAACCAGUGAAAAUCGUCCGAUUGAAUCGACAACUACAGAUUCAGUUAUAACAACUAUUAAAUCGACAAAUGAUCCAAAUAAAACACAAAAACAAGCUGAUUUUCGACGACAAUUUGCUGAAAUAUUAGUUGAUUCUUCCAAUACUCAAACAGAUAAGAACACAAAUCAACAAUCAGCAUCUACAGGAUCAAAUGAAGAAUCAACUGGUGCUACAUCAAUAAAACAAAGUUCAACUAAACAAACUGAAAAUAAUGUACAACUAUCAACAUCAUCAGCAUCAUCAUCUCGAUCAGGUUCAAUAUCACGACCUAAAUCUCCGGUAUCAUUACCAUCAAAUGAUAUAUCAACAAUAGCAAAUAAAGAAUCUACAUCAAGUAAAUCAUCUGAACUGCCCCAACCAGGUCAUCCUGGUAUAUUAAUAACGAAAAUUACUCAAGAUGACAUAAAAGAUAAACGAGAUCGUAGUGAUUCACUAAAACAACAAGAAUCGGACCCAAUUGAAACAAUUGAAAAAACAAAUAAUGAUAAUGAUAAUGAUGAUGAUGAUAAUAAUAAUAAUAUUAUGGAUGAUGAUGAUGAUGAUUCAAAAACAACGUCUGAUGAUGCCAUACCUGUAGCCAAUGAAGAAGUCAAUUCAAAUCCAGCAGAAUUACAACCAACACCACCAUUAUCAGAAACAGCAUCAUUAGAAUGUGUUACACCACCACAAACACCAACAACAAUAAUAGAUGAUGAAAAAUCUGAUGCACUACCAAAUCAACGUUUACGCUAUGAUCGUAGUGAACUUUUACGUAUACGUGAAAAUUCUGGACCAUUUCCAAUUCCGCAAAAUCUUCCUGAUCUUGAUAUUGUUCUUAAUCGACGUGAUAAUAAUAAUCCACGUUAUUCAUAUACAGGUACAAAUAGUCAAGGACGUACAAAUCCUACGUUUCAUCGACAAAUAUCAUCAAGUAAUCAUCCAUCAUUAACACGUUAUCCAAAUAAUCAAAAUUCGUCAAGUGAUUCAAGACGUAAAACAGGCAUUUAUUUAACAAGUGAACCUGAUUUUAGUAAUCGUGUUGAAAAUCCUUAUAAACCAAUUGAUCAAACUAAAAUUGAUGCUAAUAAUAAAGUCUUACGUGAUGUUAAAUCAAUAUUAAAUAAAGUAACACCACAAACAUUUGAUAAAUUACAAAAAAAACUUGAAGCAUUAGAAAUUGAUCGUUAUGAAAGAUUAGAAGGAAUGAUAACGAUAUUUUUUUCUAAAGCUGUUGAUGAACCAGCAUUUAGUUUUCUCUAUGCCAAAUUAUGUAAACAAUUUCAAAAAAAACAAGUCACUGUACCAACUGAAGAUGGUAAACAAAUAACACAUUAUUUUCGUCAAAUAUUAUUAACACGUUGUCAAAAAGAAUUCGAAAAUGAUUAUAGACAAGAAAUUGAAUAUGAAAAACGAAAAGCUGAAGUUGAAGCUAUAACAGAUGAAAAAAAACGUAAAGAAGAAGCAGAAAAAUUAGAAGAAGAUCUUGUUAAAGCUAAACGUAGAAAAUUAGGAAAUAUUUUUUUUAUUGGUGAAUUAUUUAAAUUACAAAUGUUAACUGAUACUAUCAUGUAUGAUUGUAUUGAAUAUUUACUUCGUGAUAAAACUGAUGAAGAAAGUCUUGAAUGUUUAUGUCGUCUUUUACGUACUAUUGGUAAAGAACUUGAUAGUAAAGCUAAUGAAAAGUCUGCAAAUAAAAACAAUUUGGAAAAACAUUAUCGUGAAUUAGAUGGAAUUAUUAAAGAACAAAAAGCAUCAGCACGUAUUCGUUUUAUGAUUCAAGAUCUUAUAGAAUUAAGACAAGCUUCAUGGGUUGCUCGUCGUGCUGAAGCUAAACCAACAACAAUUGAUGAAAUCCACGAACAAGAACGUUUGAAACGUGAACAACAAGAACGUGACCAAGAACGUGACCGACAACAACGUCGAGAUCAAAAUCGUGUUACUGUUAUUGGUAGUGCCUAUAGUGGAAGUGGUCAACAACAGUAUAAUGAUGGACGUGGUAGUCGUGGUAGUGGAAUUAAACAACAAUCAAAUAGAAAUGAAGAAGAUAGAACAGAAAAUCGUUUUAAUGUUAAUUCAUUAAGACAAUUACAAUCAAAUGAUAAACGAAAUCAAGGACCAUUCGCAAUGAGUUUAGCUCCACAACGUACCUGGUCAAAAGGAUCAGGCAUUGAAAAGAAACCUGAAGAAGAUCGCUCAUUUGGUGGUGGACGUACUGGUAAACCACCUGCUGGUCCAGUUCAACAACUCAAAGGUAAAAUUGGUUCAUCUCAAAGUGGUUCGACUUAUACAAUGCAACGUCAAUCAUCACGUGAAUUAGCACGUGAAAAUAGUCUACGUGAUCGUGAAAAUGCUUUACAAUCAUUACGUAAAACGACAACUGGUAGUGGAGUAAAUAGUCCAAUAAAUACAGCCGGUACUUCAUCCAUGACGAAUUCUCGUGAAGGUUCACGUAAUGUUAGUCGUGAACAAUCGCGUAAUGCAUCACGUGAAUCAAGUGUUAGUGAACGUAUGUCAAAUGUUGGUUUAUCAAUACAAAUGAAUAAAACUUCAACAAAUGAAUCACCAACAAUAAUUAAUCAAGAUCCAUCAAAUACAUCAUUUGAUGAAGAAAAAACUGUAGCUCGUGUACAUUCACUUAUUGAAGAAUAUACAGAAAAUUAUUCGGAAUUAACAGAACGACCUGUUAAAGAAGCAUUAGAAGAUGUAGCCACUUUUCGUACAUCAAGCGUUGAUCAACAAGCAAUUAUUGUUCGAGAAUUAUUUACUAAUGUUUUAGAAGCUAAACCACGUGCUCGUAAAGCUGUUGGACAUUUACUUGAUGCUGCACUUAAUGACGAUAUUUUAUCUACUGAAGCUUUUCUUUCUGGUUUUAAAAUGAUUGUUGAAGCUGCACCAGACUAUGCUGUUGACAUUCCUCUAAUUUGGCAAUACAUUGGUGAAAUUGUUGGUGCAUUUAUCGGUGCUCCUACUUCAAAUAUGGCAUUACUUAAACCAAUUUUAGAAUGUGUUCCUGACGAUAAAUCGAAACAAUUAUUUCAAUUUAUUAUUCGAUACGCAACUGAAUUCUCAUCUCAAUCACGCAUACAAAACUUUUGGCAGUCAUCCGGCUGUUCUUUAAAUGAUUUAAUUAAACCCGAUCUGAUUGAUUCAUCAUUUUCAAAUGAAUAUGAUUGGCUAUUGGAUACACCUGAGGUUGAAUCACCAGCACCACAAUCAAAAGAAAGUCAUUCACCACGUGCUGAUCCACAACUUGUUAAAUUAUUUAAAUCUGUUAAUGAUCAAAGUACAACAGUAACUGAUCCAGAAAUAAUAACAUAUAUUCGCGAGCAUAUGGAUUCAAAUGAAAAAUUUUAUAUUCGAAAUAUUGUCUUAUCUUAUUUGGAAGCAUGUUUAAUUAAUCGUGAUCCACAAAAGAAAAUUCAAGAAGAUAUUGCAAAAAAACGAAUGACUAUACUCAAUGCUAUUAUUGAACAUAAACCAGAAGCAGAAAUUCAAGCCGUUUAUGCUAUUCAAAAUUUUGUUAAUAAACUUGAACAUCCACCAAAAAUGGCUCGACUACUAUUCGAUAUAUUCUAUGAUGAAGAAUGUGUAAGUGAAGAUGCAUUUUUUGAAUGGCUUAAACAUCCAGAUCAAUCUGAAACAGAAGGGCAUGCCGUUGUUGAAAUGUCAACCAAAGAUUUUUUUACUUGGUUACAACAAGCUGAAACAGAAGUUGAAGAAGGCGAAGAAGAAGAAGGAAAUUAA